CGAAAAACUAAAACGCUCCGUGGAAAGUGAUUAUUCUGUUGACGGAACUGCCACCUUGUCUGUGACUCUAUUCUGCUGCAUCCUCACAAGUUUGUGUCGAGAAAUUAAGAUGAGACCGCAGAUUGUGUUAUUUGGAGACUCAAUAACAGAGCAAUCUUUUAGAUCUGGUGGUUGGGGUUCUUCACUUGCUAACACUUACUCUCGCAAGGCUGAUGUGUUAGUCCGUGGCUAUGGUGGUUACAAUACAAGAUGGGCUUUGUUCUUGUUAACUCACAUUUUCCCUCUUAAUUCAACAAAGCCUCCAGCUGCUACUACAAUAUUCUUUGGAGCUAAUGAUGCAGCUCUUCUGGGGAGGAACAGUGAAAGGCAGCAUGUUCCUGUUGAAGAAUACAAGGAGAAUCUCAAAAAAAUGGUUCUGCAUUUGAAGGAGUGCUCUCCCGCCAUGCUAGUUGUGCUUAUUACUCCACCACCAGUUGAUGAGGAAGGGCGUAAAGAAUAUGCCAAUUCUUUAUAUGGUGAGAAGGCUAUGCAAUUUCCAGAAAGGACAAAUGAAAUGGCGGGAGUUUAUGCAAGGCAAUGUGUUGAGUUAGCCAAAGACCUAGGCAUCCAUGCCAUUGAUCUAUGGUCCAAGAUGCAGGGAACAGACGGUUGGCAGAAAAAAUUCCUGAGUGACGGUUUGCACCUAACCCCAGAAGGUAAUGCAGUGGUCCAUGAAGAAGUAGUAAGAGUGUUCAGUGAAGCAUGGCUCUCUGCUGAAGAUAUGCCAUAUGAUUUCCCUCACCACUCAGAAAUUGAUGGAAAGAACCCUGAGAAGGCUUUCCUACAGAAGUGCUUAUAAAAUUGCAUGCUUCGUUCUUCUUUAGUUUUUUACUUCUUCCAUUGGUGUUCAAUAUUUUCCCUGUUUAUUGGAGUCUUACUCUUAUGAAUUUCUGUAUCAUUCAUUCACCUAAUAAAAGAGGUUUCAUAGGUGAUUUUGUCAA